GGGCGCUGCGAUCAGGUCGCCACUGACAGCUGCGGAAAGUCGCCGGGAGACGGAGUCCGGCUGGAGCACAAUCCCGGGACUGACCCAGGCAGGGAGGCCGCCUUCCCCUCAGGAGCAUCAUGUUUGGGAUGAAGAGAGGGCCCGCAGAGCCCAGCUGAAGCAGCAGCCUGCACCCCCAUUCCAGCCCGGGGAUCCCAGCUCUGCAGCGGUGGGUCAGAACCACUACACCCCCAAAUCCUGGGACUUGUAACUCUCUUAUCUGCACCCCCAAAUCCUGGGACUUGUAACUCUCUUAUCUGCACCCCCAAAUCCUGGGACUUGUAACUCUCUUAUCUGCACCCCCAAAUCCUGGGACUUGUAACUCACUUAUCUGCACCCCCAAAUCCUGGGACUUGUAACUCACUUAUCUGCACCCCCAAAUCCUGGGACUUGUAACUCACUUAUCUGCACCCCCAAAUCCUGGGACUUGUAACUCACUUAUCUGCACCCCCAAAUCCUGGGACUUGUAACUCACUUAUCUGCACCCCCAAAUCCUGGGACUUGUAACUCUCUUAUCUGCACCCCCAAAUCCUGGGACUUGUAACUCUCUUAUCUGCACCCCCAAAUCCUGGGACUUGUAACUCUCUUAUCUGCACCCCCAAAUCCUGGGACUUGUAACUCUCUUACCAGCACCCCCUCCUGCACCCACUGCCCCCACCCUUACAUGUUGCUUCCCACAACACCUCUAUUUGCACCCACAGAGCCCCCCAAUACAUUUGCACAAAUUGAUCCCCCUUAUCCCAGGAUUCUCUGCCCCCCAGCAAAUAACUGAAACCUCCCACUAAAUAGGGACAGCCAUUAACUCAUAAAUUCCUCUGCCUAAACUCAAUCAGACUGCCCUAGGCACCCAGUAGCACCCAUAGCCCUCCUCCUACUGCCUCCCCUACCCCCAGCCUGGGCAAUUAAACUUACAGGCACCUGGUGGCCCCCCACCUUUCCUUCAUUCCCGGAUACUCAGCUGACAGUCCCACUGCCCAUAUAUUUGCUGCACCCAAUAAAGCCACUAUCCCUUUAGGUUUAACCCUUUCCUUAAUAACCACUCUGCCCCCUACAUACAGGGCACGGUCUGCCCUCACUGUUACUGCCUCUGUUAACCCCUGUGGCACCAGCUUUGUACCCCUUCUCUCACUCACUGACCCCAGUCUCAAAUAUCUUGCACCUUAAAGUUACCACUGCCCCAUUCCAAGUGGGACUGUCGUUGGGCACCUCAUGAACUGUCAGCUCUUGUGACGCCUGAUACAGGAUACACAGGGUCCCCGACCAACAUGGAGAGUGCUACCCUCCCGCAGGACAGGUCCUUCCACAGUCCUUUCCUGGAGCUGGAAGACUUCAGCGAGGCAGAUUUCAUGAACAAUAUGCACUUCUCAGAAGCUCUUGAUGACUUCUCCAAUGAGCUAUUUAACAGUUUUUUCGAUGACCCGCCCUUACUGGACCGAGACUCCUUACUCGACAUGGAUGUGGAGAGCCCAUCGCCACCUAUCCAAGCCGAACACAGCUACUCAUUGAGUGGAGACUCAGCCCCUCAGAGCCCUGCCCUCACCAUCAAGGAGGAGGAUGAAGAAAGUCCGACCGAGCCCCCUAGCAACGGAGUCUGGGCCUUGGAGCACGAGAUCUGCUCCCUACUGGUCAAACAGGAACACAGUCUAACGGCACAAACCAACGCCGCGCACUGCAGCACCGCACUAGAACAUGCCCAGGGAUCCAUGGGCCCCCAAGACGAGGAGAAUGUGCCCAGGACACCGAUAUCGCACAUAAAGGCUGAACCAGGUGUGCCACAUAGCUUCAUAAAUGUACCAACAGAUGUUUUAGGGAUGAUGCCUCUCACCCCACCAAGUAGUCACAGCAGCGACAGUGAUGGCUCACAGAGCCCCCGAUCUCUCCCACCCCCAAGCCCAGCCCGUCCUGCCCCGCGCUCUUCACAUGCUAUAUCCUCAUCACCACUACUUACUGCACCCCAUAAACUACAAGGCACAUCUGGCCCGUUGAUGCUGACCGAGGAGGAGAGACGGACUCUAAUCGCUGAGGGCUACCCCAUUCCCACUAAACUCCCCCUUACAAAGACCGAAGAGAAGGCUCUGAAGAGAGUGCGAAGAAAGAUCAAGAAUAAGAUCUCAGCCCAAGAGAGCCGAAGGAAAAAAAAGGAAUAUGUGGAGUGUCUGGAGAAAAAAGUGGAAACCUUCACAUCACAGAACAACGACCUGUGGAAGAAAGUAGAAACCUUGGAGAACGCCAACAGGUCUCUGCUGCAGCAGUUGCAGAAGUUGCAGGCGCUGGUGACAGGGAAAGUGCCCAGACCAUGUAAACUGGCUGCAACCCAGACAAGUACCUGCCUAAUGGUCAUGGUGCUGUGUUUUGUUCUUGCCUUUGGGUCCCUGAUCCCCUCCUUUCCAGAAUUUUCUUCAGGGUCCCAGACAGUGAAAUCAGCUCCUCUGCUGACCCCCGACAUAUACACCCACAGCCAAAUCCGCUCCCGAAAUCUCCUGUCCUACGAUGAGGGGCCCGGGGCAAUGGAGGAGGGUCCAAAUUCUGUUUUAGGGUUGCAGAAGAGCGACUGGGUUCCAGACACAGCAUCUCUCAGCCAACACCCAGAGUACACCUCCCAUGAGAGGGGCAAGUACCUGGGAGAUAACCAGACAGAUGGAAGAACGAGACAGGAAGAGGGGGACAGAAGCUCUGAGUUUUUGUAGGGUCGGUUUGAGGGAGAGGAAUCCGGAGCUGACUGUGCCAAUAGGGAAGAGCAAAGAACCGCAGGGUGAACUGGAUUAAAAGACUGAGAACUUAUGGGAAACUAUCCCCCCCCCCAGCACAGACCUCAGCCCAUCUGUCUCUGCCACAACGUGACACCGGGGAGGAAGUGUGUUCCCAACCUCCGAGAGCAAAGACUCAAAUAGCAGCGCUCUCAGCAUGGCGCUGGCACGAGUGCCCAUCUUGUUCCCCAAACUGGCACAGCAUUGAGGCUUCUACUGCUUCUACCUAAUCUGCUUAUAAUUAGCAUUCCUCUUGGCUAACCCUUUCACUGCCAGACAGAACUGUGACGCCUGGAUGGCCCCUCUGGGUUUUUUAUUCUUUCGCCGACCAAGGACUUCUUCAGAGAUGCGCUCUGCCAGCCCUAUUGCCCCUCAGCUUGGGAGCCUCUCGUCACCCCCGAGCCCCUCUCAACAUUCAUUCCCUGUACAGAACACACCCGGAUUUCUGGAGAAGACGAAGGUAGUUAGUGCAAGCUUUAUAUCUUUCGGAGACCCUCUCACAGAUUUAUAUGCCCCUUACUCUCCUCUCCUCUUUGUGCCUGCUUCAGUCGAGCAAAAUUAAAAAAGAAAAAAAAAUUGCAUCAUCAA